ACCCAAGAUGGCGAUCACGAUAGGCGUUCCCACGCUGCGCUGCACCCUGAUCCUGCUGAACAUGCUCUGCUUCCUGAGUGGCCUCUCGCUGGCCAUCGUGGGUGCCGUUAUGCACACCAAGCUGGCAGCGAUCACUAACCUGACCCAUCGGGACAACCUUCUGACCAGUCAAUCGCUGUUGGCCAUGGGACUGGGCGUGAUCAUCUUUGCGGUGUCCUUCUUCGGGUUCUGCGGAGCGGCCAAACACUCCUACUGCAUGACCGUGACCUACGUGCUGAUGUUGAUGACCCUGAUCGUGGUCCAGAUUGCGCUGGCUGUGCUUCUGUUUGCCGGAGUGGACCAAAACCGUCACGAUUACCUGGAGUGGUUCGACGAGUACUUCGACCACAAUAUCAGCGUAUCCAAAGCGUCCAGCGUUGUGGACCCGGUUAUCGACUAUCUACAGACUACGUAUGGUUGCUGCGGAAAGAUAUCCUUUUUGGACUGGGGCAACAAACUGCCGGAUUCGUGCUGUGCGGAUGGUCAAAGAGGGCCAAACUGCGUCCCAUUCAAGGAGGGAUGCGAAAGGAUGCUGGAAGGAUACAUUCGCCAAACUGGGAAAAUCAUCGGCUGGAUCCUCAUGUGGCUGACGGUGUUUGAGUUCAUCGCGCUGACGUUGGCGUGCUGCCUAGCCAACGGGAUCAAGAACCGAGUGGAUGCACUGUACUUUGCUUGAAGAAAUAUACAAAUUACUAAGUAGAAA